GUGUGUGUUUGCAGAGCUCCGCUCCGUUGCUCCCCAAUGGGUAAGAGUGGUGGGUGAGGCGGAGCUGCUUGUGAUUAACUGGAAUCGUGCUUGCUUCCUGUUUAUAAGUAUCCCGAGGGACUGAAUGUUGCUGGAAAUGAGUUCUGUUGUCGGGAGGCGUAUUUCUGGAUCCCAGUUAUUUCGCCAACAUUAUUCCCAUGUUUUCACGUUAAAAUGGGGCCAGAGGCGGAGUCUCUGCCUGUGUACUGUCUAAGGAUUUGAUUUCUCUGCAGCUGAUUGAUUCAGUGGUUGCGUUGAUUUUGGCAGCCGGCCCACUCGGCGAACGACGAGUUGGGGGCAGGUUUGUACCUGAUUUUUGAAGCACGCUAAUCUCGAUCAAUCGAUUUAUGCAAGAGCUCCGCUGUGAGCCAAGGACAUCAGUUAGAUUUGAGUAACACAGCCACAUGACAUGAAACGCGGUGGUUGUAAAUAACAUCGCUCUGCAAAACAGAAAGAAAAAAAACUGCACCCAGAGUCUAUAAGGAUCCCCUUGCGUGCUUUGCUGUCUCGUCCAGAGGAAUGGACGUCGAGGACAAGGCUAUGAAGAUGUCGGAGACUGCCGAGGGUGAAGGCUAUAGAAAAGUGCAAGUGUUGGAUGUGCCCGGGUCCAAAAAAAAACACGCAGCCGGCCGCAGUCUCCCCAUCCGCUCCCCAGCCAGGCUACCGAGUGCCCGAAGGCGGUUUCGGCUGGGUAGUGGUACUCGCGGCCACCUGGUGCAACGGAUCUAUCUUCGGCAUCCAGAACUCGUUCGGCAUUCUCUUCCUCAUGUUCCUGAAGGAGAUGGAGAACCAGAACGACCCGAGCCUCCGGUUUAAGACGGCUUGGAUUGGUGCACUCUCAAUGGGGAUGAUCUUCUUCUGUUCUCCAGUAGUCAGCAUUUUCACUGACCGGCUUGGCUGCAGGAAGACAGCAAUGGGUGGUGCAACAGUGGCAUUUAUUGGACUUCUUUCCAGCUCCUUCACAAAGUCCCUGGAACUGAGGUAUUUCACCUACGGAAUUCUCUUUGGAUGCGGAUCAUCUUUUGCUUUCCAGCCAUCAUUAGUCAUUCUUGGCCAUUACUUCCGAUGCCAUUUGGGCCUGGCAAAUGGAGUGAUGACAGCGGGAAGCAGCGUGUUUUCCAUCACCAUGCCUCUUUUCUUGAAGAAGAUUGGUGAUGCCCUGGGUCUGGCUCACACCCUGCAGAUUCUCAGUGUGUUCUUAUUCAUACAGAUACUUCUAUCCUUGACAUAUAAGCCUCUGUUACCUUUGCCAGUUGCUGAAGGAGGAAAGACUAACACCACAAAAUGCCCAAAAUGCUUCCAUCCAUACAGGAGAUACCUAAAUCUGAGAGUCUUCAGGAAAGUAACAUACAGGGUUUGGGCAUUUGGAGUUGCCACUGCUGUCCUAGGCUAUUUUGUUCCAUACGUUCACUUGAUGAAUCACGUCAAAAAAGAAUUUGGAGAAACUGAGAAAAACUGGAUACUACUUGUCUGCAUCGGAGCUUCGUCAGGAGUUGGACGCUUAGCCUUUGGAAAAAUUGGGGAUUGCAUCCCUGGACCCAAGAAGAUCUACCUACAGGUGGUGUCCUUUUGGGUGUUGGGAAUUAUGUCCAUCAUGAUACCACUCUGCAAUGUGUUUGAAGGCCUCAUUGCUGUCUGUAUUUUCCUGGGACUUUGCGAUGGAUGUUCCAUCACCAUCAUGGCACCCAUUGCCUUUGAACUGGUUGGACCUCAAGAGGCUUCACAGGCUAUCGGCUUCCUUCUGGGACUGAUGGCCAUUCCUAUGACUGCAGGACCACCCAUUGCAGGGUUUAUGGAUGAUUCCUUUGGUAACUAUCACUUGGCCUUUUACUUGGCUGGAAUUCCACCCAUCAUUGGUGGACUUCUUCUGUUCUUUGUCCCGAUAAUUCAUUGUCGAAUGAUGAAACAGCAAAAGAAAGAAGAUCCCAGCACUGACAAGAUGUUGUUAGCUUCAGAAAAUGUAUUAAAUGGGGACAUGCUUCCAGGAAACCCCAAUCCAGAAGUCUGUGUGUAAUCAGUAAAGCCAAGGCAUCCUACAUUCCAGAAUGGGUUCAGUCCCAGCACAUAUUGUGAUGUUUUGCUUUUGGUUUAUUCACAUACUUUGAUAUAAUAGUUCUUCCACACAUGUAACAUCAAGAGUUCUCUUUCUAAAAUUCCAUCAGAGUGAAAAUUAAAAACCUAAAGUUCUUAGAUGAUGAGGCAGGUUUAAAACAUCUUUGGCUGCUUCUUAAGCAUAGUGUUGGAUUUAAUCUCAGUCCAGUGGCACUGACAGUAUUCCGUCACUGUAAUUUGUUAGAACUAAUCAUCAUUCUGAUCAUGGUGCAUUGUGUAGAAAUGAAAUCAUUGAAAGGUUACAGCAUACAGAGGUUGGCUCUGUGAAGAGUAAUCCAGCUGGUCCUAUUAGAUCUCUAAAAAUCAGGAUACGUGGCUAUAAAUAUUUCAGUGUCUUUCCUUGUUCCUUUCCAUGAUUGGGUAUGGAGAAGAACAGAUUGAUUUCUGGUCUUGAUUUCCUUUCUUUUUGCCACUAGCCAUUUGGGGAAGAGCACAGAGAUGUUAAAAAUAAAAAUGCACAUAAUUUCCUAUUUGAGGGUGACCUUUCCCUGAUCAAAUUUUUGAGCAAGGUUUAUACCAGGACAGCCAAUGUUAGGUGGUCUUCCUGCAUGAACUAAACUGUUACUGCCCUGAUUUACCUCCCACAUGGAAUCAUUUGAUCAAAUGAUCUGCACACCUGCUGUUCCUAAUCAAGAACCUCCACUUCCUAAAUCUGUUUCUGUCAUCUGCUUCUCCAGCAUCUAGCAAAUGCAGAAAAACAAGAGACUUUCCAAUGUCUUCCUUAUUCUGUGGCAAUGCAUCUUCAACAGACCACAGCCUCAUCUACCCAUCAAACCGUGGUAAUUUGCAAUUAGUGGGGUGUGGGAAGAUUACCUCUCAUUCAGCAUUGUAUCCACUAAGGCUCCAGUGUUUACCAUGAGCAAACAAUAAUAGAAUAAGCACUUGGCCAAGCAAUCAGUUGUGUAUACGAAGACAACUCUGCUUCCCUAUCCCAAUUUCACAGCUGGUAGUCAUGAGUGAAAUCCAGUUAAAUCAAGAAAAUGUAUUCUCAUAUUUUUUCACACCAUAAGAGGCCAUUCUGCCCAAUCAAGCCUCCACCAGCUCUCAGAUCAAUCCCAUUUCCCCACUUAUUUCCCUAUCUCCCUUGUUCAUCAACUGGGAGGUCGCAAGAGAAAGCAGGUGGGGGUGAGGCAAGUCCUGCAAAAGGUAGCAACACUAGCAGUUACCUGAGAGAUUGCGAGAGAAGAUGAGAUGGAGCAAGGCAAGGCCUAUAAUACCCAUGAAAGGAGACGUAGGUAGAGCAGGAGCAGUGUUAUUGGAGUGACUGUUUCUGAAGUGCGUUGGUGAGGCUUUGGUAUGAAGGCUGAGUGGUAAACUGGGAAGGCAAAGUAAGGUCGAUCCUUUUUAUUUACGCAGUGGUCAGAAAGAUUAGAACGUCAGUCAGCGGAGUGAUAUGCUCUUCCUAUGAGAUGUGGCAGAUCAGGGAGAAGUCAAGUGACAACGACCAUGUUUGCAGAAAGUCUGUCCGGCUGCAGCUCCUUUCAGACUGCAGAGAUUGGUUAGAGCUGCAGUUGGACUCACUGAGGAGCAUACAGGAGGCAGAAGAGCAGAAUUGUCAUAGAUAGCAGCUUCAGUCAGGUUGUCACACUACAGGCAUGUUCACAGUUGGAUGGUAGAUGGGCGACCAACAGGAAGGGCAGGCAGGCAGGCUGUGCAGAAGCCCCCCCCCCCCACAGGCUAUUCCCCCCUCGAACAGAUAGACCGCUUUGGAUACUGUUGGGGGGGAAAUGGCCUUUCAGAGAAAAGCAGCAGCAGCCAAAUCAGUGGCACCACGAUGGGCUCUGAUGUACAGCGGGGGGAAAGCAACAUGUAGACAAGCAGUAGUGAUAGGGGACUCAGUAGUCAGGGGAACAGAGAGGCAUUUUUGUGGCCACGAGCAAACUCCAGGAUAGUGUGUUGCCUUGCAGAUGCCAGGGGAAUGGAUGUCUCAGAGCAGGCACAGAACAGGGGAGGGUGAACAGCCAGUGGUCAUAGUCCAUAUGGGUACCGACAACAUGGGUAAGAAGAGAGAUGUGGUCCUGCAAAGGUAAUUUAGGGAGUUAAGUAGAAAAUUGAAAAGCAGGACUUCUAGGAUUGUAAUCUCAGGAUUAUUCCCUGUGCCACAUCCUAGUGAGUAUAGAAAUGAGAAGCAAGGACAGAUGAAUGCGUGGCUAAAGAGCUGGUGCAGGAGGGAGGGAUCCAGGUUUUUGGAUCAUUAGGACCUCUUCUGGGGCAGGGGUGACCUCCACAAGAUGGACGGAUUGCACCAGAACUUGAGGGAGAACUAAUAUCCUUGCUGGGAGGUUUGCUAGUGCUACUCGGGAGGGUUUAAACUAGUGAGGCAGGGGGUUGGGACCCAGAAUGACAGUGGGGAGGCUGACUCGUGUGUAGAAAAUAGAACGGGCAAGUCCAGUGGGAAGAAUAGGCAAAGACAGGAAGGGAAGCACGGGAGGACUGGUAGGCUGAAUUGCGUUUAAUUUAAUGCAGGGAGCCUCGCCGGUAAAACUGAUGAGCUGAGAGCAUGGAUCGACACAUGAGAUUACGAUAUUGUUGCAAUCAUGGAAACGUGGUUGAAGGAAGGGCAGGAGUGGCAUCUAUCCAGGGUAUAGAAGUUUCAGGUGAGAGAGUUCAGUGCAAAAGUUGGAGGAAGUUGCAUUGCAGCAGUACUCAUGGAGAAGACCCUGGAGGGAUCAGCCAAUGAGGAGAACUUAGAGGCAGCCCUUUGAUUGGGUUAUACUAUAGGCCUCCCAGGAGUCAGCAGGAAUUAGAAGAAGAGAUAUGUAAGCAGAUCGUAGAAGGGUGUAAAAGCAAUAGGGGAGUGUUAAGGGAUUUUUAACUUUCCCAAUAUUGACUGGAAUUGGCUUGGUGUAAGGGGUUUAGAUGGGAAGGAAUUCAUAAAGUGCUCUCAAGAGGGUUUUCUGAAGCAGUCUGUGGAGAGUCCUACUAGGGAGGGAGCAGUACUUGCCCUUGGGGAAUGAGGACGGGCAAGUGAUUGAAGUAUCUGUGGAGGAACCCUUUGUGAACAGUGAGCAUGGUUCAUUAAGCUUCAAGGAAGAAGAUGAAGUUGGCCCUCAAGUUGGGGUCCGAAACUAGGGGAAGGCAGAUUUCAAUAGUGUGAGACAGGACCUGGUAGAAGUAGAUUGGGAACGGCUGCUGGAGGGAAGAUAACAGUGAGCCUUACAUCAGUGAUAGGGAAGUUAUGGGAGAAGAUUCGGAGGGACAAUAUUUGUGUUCAAUUGGUAAGGCAGGGACUGACUAGGAGGAAUCAGCGUGGUUUUGUGUAGGAGGGAUCAUGUUCUCACAAAUCCAAUUGAGUUUUUUGAGGAGGUAACUCAGAAAAUUGAUUAAGGCAGAAUGGCAGAUGUGGUUUACAUGGACCUUAGUAAGGCUUUUGACAGGGUCCUGCAUGGUGGGUUGGUCCAGAAGGUUAAGGCACAAGGGAUCAGGGCUUAUUGGAAAACUGGAUUCAAAAUUAGCUUGGUGAUGGGCAGAGGGUAGUGGUGGAUGGGUGUUUUUAUGACUGGAAGUCUGUAAC